AUGGAGAAAGUGGGCGAGAUACAGGCGGAAGGAGUGAAAGGUGUCCCCGAAGAUCACGGCAGUGCGGAGAAGGCUCAUGUUGAGAAAGUCAGCCUGCAAAACAAUGUGUCGGCGAGGAUCAAAAACCCAUUGGCCGAUCUCACAACGGAACAAGUUCUUCGCGACGUGGAAGAGUUUGCCCAAGAACAUCAGUUGAACGAUAUUCUACCGGAACUCCGAAAGGGGGCUUUGGUCGCCCGUGACCCAACUGAAUUCGAGUCAGUCCCCGGUCUAACUCAAGAUGAGCUUGAAGCACUGCGCAAUGAAGUUCUUCACAGAUGGCGUCAACCAUGGGCCCUCUAUUUCACGAUCAUCCUUUGCUCCGUCGGUGCAGCUGUGCAGGGCUGGGAUCAAACCGGAUCCAACGGUGCCAACUUAUCCUUCCCAAUUGCUUUCGGCAUCCCAGAAACGGAUAGCCCUAACGCUGUCCGUAACGAAUGGCUAGUCGGUGUCAUCAACGCGGGUCCAUACCUUUCGAGCGCAUUCUUCAGUUGUUGGCUGUCGGACCCUUGCAACCGAUAUUUCGGUCGUCGCGGAACUAUCUUCCUGGCCGCCGUCUUUUGUUUCCUCUCGCCAAUCGGCUCCGCAGUCACACAAAACUGGCACCAGCUCUUCGUUACUCGUCUUCUCCUCGGAAUCGGCAUGGGCUUGAAAGCCUCUACAAUCCCGAUCUUCUGCGCAGAAAAUGUGCCGGCCAAUAUCCGUGGUGGUUUGGUGAUGUGCUGGCAGCUGUGGACUGCAUUUGGUAUUUUCUUGGGAUAUAGCGCCAACCUGGCAGUCAUGAAAGUGGGAAAAAUCGCAUGGCGUCUGCAGUUUGGCUCUGCGUUCAUUCCCGCUAUUCCUCUUCUUGUCGGUGUUUACUUCUGUCCCGAGUCUCCUCGUUGGUAUAUCAAGAGGGGCUCGGCUUACAAAGCCUAUCGAUCUCUGCUCCGUUUACGCAACACGCCCUUACAGGCGGCAAGAGAUCUAUACUACAUUUCGGCACAGAUCAAAAUCGAACAGGAGAUCAUCGGCCCUAGUAACUAUAUUACUCGCUUUGGGGAGCUUUUCACUAUUCCACGCGUUCGACGAGCGACACUGGCGUCUUUCACUGUCAUGAUUGCCCAGCAGAUGUGCGGUAUCAACAUCGUAUCUUUCUAUUCCUCAACAAUCUUCGCAAACGCCGGCGCCAACAAUGAACAAGCCUUGUUUGCAUCUUGGGGAACUGGUCUGGUGAAUUUUGUCUUCGCAUUCCCUGCUGUAUGGACUAUCGAUACCUGGGGUCGUCGCUCCUUGCUUCUAUUUACGUUCCCCCAAAUGGCCUGGACCCUCCUCGCAGCCGGAUUUUGCUUUAAAAUUCCUGAAAGCUCCAAUGCUCAUUUGGGUCUAAUCGCCUUCUUCGUUUAUUUGUUCGAAGCCUUUUAUUCUCCUGGCGAGGGUCCCGUGCCCUUCACUUACUCUGCAGAGGUCUUCCCGCUUUCCCACCGUGAGGUUGGUAUGGCCUGGGCUGUUUCCGUCUGCUUAGGCUUUGCUGCUGUUCUUUCCAUCACAUUCCCCCGCAUGCUAUUCGUGAUGGGUGCUACAGGAGCGUUCGGCUUCUACGCCGCAUUGAACGUCACCGCAUUUGUUAUGAUCUUCUUAUGGGUUCCCGAGACCAAACAGCGCACACUGGAGGAAUUGGACUACAUCUUCGCUGUGCCCACCAGGGUUCACAUGCGGUACCAGGUUUUCCAGGUCCUUCCGUGGUGGUUCAGGACUUACAUCCUUCGCCAAAACGUGACGCUGGAGCCUUUGUACCACUUCGAUCACAUUGCUACCGAUGAGACGACUGCGGAUGUUCGUAAACGGAGUGUCAUCUCUGGUCCUCCGAAGUACGAGGAAUAA